ACAGGAAGGAUGAAGGUUGCUCUGCAGUGUGGAGUGCUGAGUGUCAUUCUCGUCCUCUGUCUCUGCUAUGAUUCUCAUGAAAGUCGUGAGUCUUUUGAAGAUCUGUUUUUAAGUCCAUACCGAGCCAAUUCUUUCUUCAACCGUCCAAGAGUCAACACCUACAACAGCUACAACUACAGAAGGUUGAUCAAGUCCCCUCUGGAACGACAGUCAGAGAUCUGUGAGGAUUUCUCUCUGUGUCGCCUCUAUGCACAUCGCUAUGGAUACCAGAAUGCUUAUCAGAAGUAUUUCCCCGGAAGACAGAAGAAGGUCAGAGUGUAA